GCGCUGUUCCCGCGGGCGGCGGCGGCAGCAGUGGUAGCCGGCGGCCCGUCGUUAUCGCCGCCGGCCCGUCGUUAUCGCCGCCGGCGGGGCCCAACGCCCGCGCGCGGGCCGCCAUGCCGCCCAAGCCCCCCCGCCGGGUCGCCGCCGCCAGGAGCCAGCGCGCCAGCCCCGACGGCGGCUCCGCGCCGCCGCCCCCUGCCCCCCGGCUCGAAAUCGGCGAGGCGGACUUCGUGGUGCUCUGCGAUGCUCUGAAGGUGUCGGAGAGCGUGAGGGAGAGAGCGUGGAAGACGUACGAGAGCUUGUCGGCCGCGGAUGGAGCUCUAGCUUAUAAUGAAAAGAAAAAGGAAACGUGGGGAGUCUGUAUCUUUAUUGUAGCAAUUGAUCUGGAUGAAGUGACAUUCACUUUCACAGAGCUUCUGAAAAGUAUAAACAUAAGCGUGUGCACGUUUUUUCAGUUUCUGAAAGAGGUGGAUGUUAACAUGGAUACUGUAAGCACUAAAGUUGAUAGCACUGUAUCAAGGCUGAAAAAGAAAUAUGAUGUAUUACUUGCACUAUACCACAAGUUUGAAAGGACUUGUGGCCUUAUUUAUCUGGAACAACCUAGUAGUGAAAUUUCUGCUGAACUCAGUUCUGUAUUAGUCCUAAAAAAUUACUGGAUUACUUUUUUGCUGGCAAAAGGUAAAGUGUUGCAAGUGGAAGAUGACUUGGUGAUUUCUUUCCAGUUGUUGCUGUGUGUCCUAGAUUAUUUUAUCAAGCUGUCACCUCCUGCUAUGCUCAAAGAACCAUACAAGUCUGCUGUGACUACAGUGACUGUUAAUGGUUCAGCCCGAACUCCAAGAAGAGGUCAGAACAGGAGUACACGUACUUCAAAGCAAAUUGAUACCGAUACAAAAGUUAUUGAAGUCCUUUGUAAAGAGCAUGAUUGUAAUUUAGAUGAGGUCAAAAAUGUGUACUUCACAAGCUUUAUUCCUUUCUUGAAUUCUAUUGGUAUUGUAGCUUCAAAUGGACUACCAGAGGUUGAGGUUCUGUCAAAACAGUACGAUGAGCUCUAUCUCAGCAGCAAAGAUAUAGAUGCAAGAUUAUUUCUGGAUCAUGAUGAAACUCUACAGCCUGAUGUCAUAGCAUGUUCACAGUUGGAGAGGACACCACUAAAAAACAGUCCAGAUGAGGAACUUAAUCUUAUACUUCCACAGACUCCUGUUAGAGCUGCAAUGAAUAACAUUCAGCAAUUGAUUAUGAUUUUAAACUCAGCAACUGAUAAACCAUCAGAUACUCUCAUCAUGUAUUUCAAUAAUUGCACAGUGAACCCUAAGGAUAGUAUCCUGAAAAGAGUGGAAAAUCUUGAGCACAUCUUCAAAAAGAAAUUUGCUGAAGCAGUUGGGCAGGGUUGUGCCGAAAUUGGCCCACAGAGAUACAAGCUCGGAGUACGUCUGUAUUACAGAGUAAUGGAAUCUAUGCUAAAGUCGGAGGAAGAACGACUCUCAGUGCAGAAUUUCAGCAAACUUCUGAAUGAUAACAUCUUCCAUACAUCUCUUCUGGCAUGUGCUGUUGAGGUUGUCAUGGCCACAUAUGUCAGAAAUGCUUCACAAAGUGAUGGUACCAGUGCUGAAACAAACUUGUCUUUCCCAUGGAUUCUCAGUGUAUUUGAUUUAAAAGCCUUUGACUUCUACAAGGUGAUUGAAAGCUUUAUUAAAGCGGAGCCAAGCCUAACAAGGGAAAUGAUAAAGCAUCUGGAACGCUGUGAACAUCGAAUUAUGGAGUCUCUUGCUUGGCAGUCUGGGUCACCUCUGUUCAAUCUUAUCAAGCAGUCAAAAGAACGGGAAGGCCAAACUGAUCAGCCUGAGUCCACUUGCACUCUCAAUCUGCCUCUCCAACAUAAUCACACUGCAGCAGAUCUCUACCUUUCUCCUGUGCGAUCUCCUAAGAAGAAAACAUCUGGACCUCCUCCAAGUGCUACUUCCACUCCAGAUGCUCAGGCAACUGCGACCCCUCAAACACAGAAGCCACAGAAAUCUACCUCUCUCUCUCUGUUCUACAAAAAAGUGUAUCUACUGGCUUAUAAUCGACUACAUACCCUGUUCUUUCGGCUUCUCUCUGAACAUCCUGACCUGGAACCCUUGAUCUGGACCCUCUUCCAGCACACACUGCAAAAUGAGUAUGAGCUUAUGAGAGACAGGCACUUGGACCAGAUCAUGAUGUGUUCCAUGUAUGGCAUAUGCAAAGUAAAGAAUGUAGAUCUGAGGUUUAAAACAAUAGUUUCAGCAUACAAGGAGCUUCCCAACACAAAUCAAGAGACUUUCAAACGUGUUCUCAUCAGGGAAGAACAGUACGACUCCAUUAUAGUCUUCUACAACUUAGUGUUUAUGCAGAAGCUGAAAACGAACAUUUUGCAGUAUGCCUCCAACAGGCCUCCCACUCUGUCACCUAUCCCACACAUUCCUCGCAGCCCGUACCAGUUCUCCAACUCCCCUCGGCGUGUCCCCGCUGGCAAUAACAUCUACAUCUCACCCCUGAAGAGCCCAUACAAAUUCUCUGAUGGAUUUCAGUCGCCCACAAAGAUGACUCCGAGGUCUAGGAUUUUGGUGUCAAUUGGUGAAUCAUUUGGGACUUCCGAGAAGUUUCAGAAGAUCAACCAGAUGGUGUGUAACAGCGAGUGCCAGCUGAAGCGCAGCGCUGAAGGGAGCGCUGCCCCGAAGCCGCUCAAGAGGCUGCGCUUCGACAUAGAAGGGCAAGAUGAGGCAGAUGGAAGCAAACACCUACCCCAGGAGUCCAAGUUCCAACAAAAGCUUGCAGAAAUGACAUCCACUCGAACAAGAAUGCAGAAGCAGAAACUGAACGAUGGAAAUGAUACCUCAGCCAGUGAAGAAAAGUGAGAAUCUUCUCAGGACCAGAGGCUGCACUGCAGGCCCUCGUGGAUUGUUUUUGUUUUACAGCCUUCAUUAACUGAGUUGCUUUUUUUAGUUGCUUUUUAUUCCGAACUGCUAGUUGAAAGCAUUUGGACUUUUAAAGUUUUUAAAUGUUUUUCAUGAUACUUAUGAUGUAGCAUAUAUACAAUGUAAGCCACUGAAUUUAAUUUAUAUCUAUUUUUUGAGGAUUUUAAAAACAGACCUGGAAGGUGUCUUAGUUUCCUCUUGCAACAUUACUGACUUAAGCCAAUUCAAUCCCCUUGGAUUGAAUUUUUCAGUCUAAAGCCAAAAUGUUAGAUAGAACGAUUUGAGAUGCACUGAUUUUGUUUCUUAGAGUUUGUUUUUAGACUCGUCAUUACUUGCAGAAUUCAAAAAUGAGGGGCCAGAUACUGCAAUGAUUCCUGUCUCUGUGUGUAACUGGGUGCAUCAAAUUCCCAGGAGGUUGAACUGCCCAGCAGUCAGCCACAGAGCCUGCUGAGUCAAAGUUUCACCUUACAAGUGCAACCUGAGCUCAAGGCAAACUCCUUUUUCUAGCUGUACUACUGAAACCAAUACUUGGCCAUUUGUAGUUUCCCUUCCCCAGCUCUCACCUCAGUGUAAUAUCAGAGGGCAGUGACACUAUCCAUCACCUUGAAUUUCAUGGGCUGUGAAUCCCACAGAGAUUCCUCCCAGAAUCCCACACAGACCCUUCCCCAAAGCCGCAGCUUCUUCCCUGAUGCAGCCCCCUUGAUGGGUGCAUAUUCUUAUCUUGGAAAAUCUCAAUAAUUAAAAGAAAAAGGAGCCCCAAACCCAAAUCCCACCUGGUACACUCGAGACUUUGAAAUUCUGCUGAUGUAGAAUUUUCUUGAUUUCUUCACGUUUUCACCUAAUUGUAGCCAAGCCAAAUAGCUCGAGAAACAAGCACCAGGCCUCUUUCCUGUAGCUGAAAGCUGAGUGUCUCCAGUUGGGCUCCAGGUAAGAGCACCCCAGGGCAUCUCCAUUGGCCUUACUGCAGCCUCUGCACAAAAGCUGAACCUGCUGAGCCCGCCUUGGGAAAAUCACUCUGCCUUAUUUUCCUGAAGAGGCAGAGUUUAAUAGGCAACUUGUGAACUGUUGCAACUAGGAAAAAAAAACCCAAACCCAAAGCAACCCAAAACUUCUUUUUCAAUGGAUGUGCUUCUAAGUUACUGAUUCAGAAACUGGAAUUUUCCUUGCAACGAUAAAGGCUUUGCAAAAGAGCCAGACAAGGAAAGCACAUGUUUUACUUCUGGUGAAUUAGCAUAUAGGUAAAUAAAUGAUGUUCUGCUUUAAGAUGACCCAUUUUUAAUGAAAUCUAGCUUCUGCAGCUGCUUAAAACAGAAUGGAAAAGCAUGCUGUCCGUUACACACAGAUUUUUAAACCGCACCUUCUCCAGGCAGCUUACGUAGAGAUUGUUUAGCUGGACCUAGAAUGCUUACACUGGUACAUUUUUAGAGAUCAGUUCUUGAGUUGAAUGGAAGCUAAUCCUACAGCUAUUAAAAAUCCUACAAGCAGCACACUGAUUAGUCAAUGAACUUGAAAAUAAGAAUGAAUUAUUUUUUUAGUCUCAAUACAGCUUCACCUUUUGUCCUGAAAAAGAUAGCGAAGUGUUAUGAGUACUUUAUGUUUAUUUUCUCACUUUUUGCAGUAUUUUACAGACAGAAUAUACGUUAACAUUGGGUUACACUGAUGGAAAGCUCUGUUAGAGCCAUCGAAGUUCUUCUGUGAUCCUUUGUCCUUGAGGGGUGAGGUUACAGAGCCCAGUACCUAAGCACAUUUAUUAUCUCCUUAUGGCGACUCUGUGUCUUUUUGUUCAAACAGACUGAAGGCUUUACAUCAAAUGUACCAUAAUAUUUUAUACAACUAAUCAGUUUCUCUCCUUUUAAAAUAAAUAAAAUAGCUUUUAAAAGAUA